AUGGUUGUUGAUCUUGAACUUGAAAAGGGAGAGGGAGGAGGAAAUUAUGCUAGGAAAGGAAUACAAAAAAUUCCUCCAAAUGCUCUUGAAUUCAUGGAUACUAUAAAUAUUUUUAGGGCGUUAGAAGUGGGUAAUGAGCAUAGCAUUUGUAGAUUAAAAGUUCAAUUAAAUGAAAUUUCUGAAAAAGUUACUCCGACUAUUCGUGGGUCAGUUACAUUAGCAAAAGUUUUACCAAAGGCCAAAAGGUUUACUUUUUUAGUAUUUGCAACUGAAGAAGAAGCCAAAGAAUUAGAAAAUAUAGAAACAGCAAGUGUUGUUGUGGGAGGAGAAAAAUUAAUUCAAAAAAUUUUAGAGGGAAGUUUUGAUUUUAGUAAUAUUAGCAAUUGCUUAUCAACAUUUGGAAUAUAUCCUGAGAUGAAAAACAAAAUUGCUAAGGUUUUAGGUCCUUUACAAUUAAUGCCAACGGAAAAGAAAGGAACUCUAACCAAAAAUCCAGCAGAAACAAUCAAUAUGUUGGCAAGUAAAACAGAAAUCAAAACAGAUGAAAAAGGAUUUAUUCGUAAUGAUGUUGGCAAAACGUUUUGGCCAAUUCAAGAUCUACAAGUUUCAGGCUACAGAAUUUGUAUUGAUCGAUCAAGUAAUAAAGAAUUAUCUUCAUUUGGUGGCGGUACUGAUCAAGAUGAUGACAUUGAUCAUACAAUUAUUUAUAUAUGGAGAAUGAAUGUCCAGGCUGUCCAUCAGAAAAUUUGCUUAUCAUGGAGGAGCAAGCAAACCGUGAAACUAGAAGAAUUUCUCAAGAAAGCUAUUUGA